AACAGCGCGCGGGACGGCCCUCCUGCCAUCGCCUUGCUUUUAUCAUUUUUUCUCCACACGUUCGUUUUGUUUAGCGCAUACGUCAAGAUGGUCAACUUCGAUAUUCCAGAUAUCAAGAAAGACCUGCCCAUGUCUAUGACCAUGGCGGCUUUCUCGGGUAUAGCGUGGUAUACCGCGAUUGAGCUGAACUUGCGCUUCUUCCAUCUUUUCAAGCGCCGCAAAGGUAUCUACUUUUGGAGCUGCGUGGUGUGUUCGUGGGGAAUCCUGCUGCAUCCGCUUGCGAUUCUCCUUGCGGAUUUCCAGGUCAUUGCGGAUACGCGGAUAGGCAUACCCCUGAUAUACAUCACUUGGUGGAUCAUGACUCUAUCGUUUUCUGUCGUCAUGUGGUCGCGACUCCAUCUCAUAAUGCCCAACAGCAAAUAUCUACGUUGGGUUCUUUACAUGAUGAUCUUCACGACCGUAUUCAUCUCCAUCCCUAGUAUGGUGAUAGGCCCCAUGUCGCAACAACCAACCCCAAGCGGCAAACGCCUGGUCCCCUUCUACAACAUCUGGGGCAAAAUCGAAAACGCGACCUGGCCCCUGCAAGAAUCCAUCAUCUCCUGCCUAUACAUCUGGUACACGCACAAAAACAUGCGCGUCUCCUCGCGCGCCCACGAAUCCCUCACAAGCAACAGCAACAGCAACGCCUCGUCUUCCCUCCCGUCAGCUCCGUCCGAGUACUCGGCCAGCACGUACUCGAAGCGCUUCACGCAGCUCAUGCACCACCUCAUCGCCACAAACGUCAUGAUCAUCGUGCUGGACGCCGUGCUUCUCGGAAUCGUGUACGCCGAGAUGUGGUACCUCCAGGGUAAUAUGAAACCUGCCGUGUACGGGAUCAAACUGCGCAUCGAGUUCUCGAUUCUUAAUCGCUUGGUUACGUUGACGCAGGCUGGGCGGAACCCGGUUGGGUCCGCUCCUGCGCCGCAGCCUAGUUUUAUUACAAAAUCGCCGGUGGCUACGCAUUCCAGGUCCGAGAGGGUAUAA